GAACAGAUCAGCUCUGGUGUCUCAGAGACACACACCACUUCUCAGCCUUUUCAUCUUGUUAACAGAUUUUAGUUUUUUUCCACAAAAUGGCUGAUUCUGACACGGACAGCAGUGUCGAAGAACUUCUGAACAGAUUCAGAACUUUGCUCUUUGAUCAGAGGUGUUUGUGUUCAGAAGAACUUAUAAGCAAGCUGCAGGGACUGGUAACAAAUAUCAAAUGGAGCCCAGAGGAUGCCACUGAUGUCUUCGAUGCUCUUCUGAAGCGAUUUGAGUCAAUAGCAAAUGACAGAUCAGAUCUCCUCUUAUGGAUGAUGAAUAUGUUGCACUGCAUAGAGAUUAAUUACAUCACUCCCAGUUGGAAAUGUCAAAAUGGAAAGACUGUUAUCGAGCUGGUCAAAGACGACACUGUAACUGAUGAGGCUCUCAAGAAAUGUUUAGCCCAUGACGCAGAAAAAACACUGGAUGAAAUUCUUGAGGAAAUCCGUCAGGAAAAGUUAAACCAAAUUGAUGACAAGCUUUUAUCUGACGUAAAGGACAUUGUGUCAUCAGUUGAUAAGGAUCUUACUUCACACAAUGAUGGAUCACUGCGGAGUGGCUUGAAACAACUCCUGCUGAAGCUCUGUCAGGCAGUGGAAGUAACUAAGAAGUUCCGCCCACGACUGACACAGAUGGUGAGCUGGUGUAUUAUGGCUCUUUCGGAAAUGGGGCGGUUGAUUCAGGUCGGCACCGGAGAGGGAAAGACAUGUACUGUGGCAAUGUUUGCAGCUUUUCGAGCUAUGAGAGGAGAACAAGUAGAGAUCUUCACUAGUUCUUCAGUUCUUGCAGAAAGAGAUUUGAGGGACUGGCAAGCCUUUUAUGAAAGUUUGAAAAUCAGUGUAGACUGCAACACCAACAAACAGAUCGAAGACCUAAGACGGUGCUACAAGUGUCAGGUUGUUUAUGGUACUGUGGAAGUGUUUGCUGGACACUGGCUUGGCCAGCACUUUGAAAGAAUGGACAUAUUUGGGAAAAGAACAUUCCAGUGUGCAAUCGUGGAUGAAGUGGAUUCCUUGAUGCUGGAUAAGGGUCAUCACUUUGUCUAUAUAGGUGCCAAUAUGCCUGCUUUGCAACAUCUCAAUCCACUCUUGGCAUUCAUAUGGGCCACUGCUAAUCAGUACGAAAGGAUUGGCAAAGAGACGAUGGUGGGGCAAAAAUACCCCUUUCAUCAAGUCGUGCUUGAAAACACAACAACGGGCAAACAUGUUGACGAGUUCGCCAUCCUUCAAAUGGCUGAGGACACAGGUAUACUGGCAAAAGGUUCAGUAAAGGACCUUAGAAAGAACCCAAGCCUUUUAACUGAGAAGACUGCAGGUGUUACUGUUACCCAGUUGGCAGCGUUCUUUGAGACAGUAGAGAGGAAAUUCCCAUCUUGCCAGUUUGCUCUGCACUGCAUGAACAGCGAUGGCUCAAUAGAUAACCUGCACAAAGGACCACAAGAAGCAAUGGCUGAUAGACAGAGAGUGGCACUGCUUCUAAUCAAUGGAGGGUUCUGUCAGUACAUGUAUUCUGAUAGAGAGAGUAUGCUGAAAGCUGCAGAAGCAGAAAUAAAACGUGCUGUGCAUUUUACACCUUGUGAUCUCAGCAAAGAUGGAGUAACCUGCUACGUCCCGGGCUUCUUUGCAGAUCUGGUCACUUCCAAACUAAUAGUUUGGGUUGAAAAUGCAUUCAAAGCACAAACCAUGACUAGGGAUCAUGAAUACAUCAUCGAGAAACACGGGGUAGUGCCUGUUGACUACAGCUCGACGGGUGUUGUUCAAAACUUCCGGAGAUUGUCGGAUGGACUACAGCAGUUUCUUGAAAUGAAACAUCACUCCAAGCUGAGUGACAUGACAGCCAUCACAAACUACAUGUCCAAUGUUGCCGUGUUUCUUAAGUAUGGACGUCAGAUAUUUGGAGUCACUGGGACUCUUGGCCAACAAGCAGAGACUGAGACUUUGCAGAAAAUCUAUGAAGGUAUCAAGACCUGUCAGAUACCUUUAUUCAAACGCAGAAAGCUGUUUGAGGUCGAAGGAGUGAUUGCAGGUGAUGAAAAUGAAUGGAUUGAGAAAACCUGCAAUGCCGUCACUGCACAAACCAACUCUACUCCGUACAGGGAUCAACGAGCUGUGUUGGUCAUCUGUGAGACCAUCCAUCGAGCAAAGGUUCUCUACCAAGCUCUAGAAGAUACAGUCCCGAACAAAAAGCUUUACAUCAGCAACAACAUGGACAAUUCCGAAGUCUUAAAAGAGCUUUCGGCUGGAGAUGUCAUUGUAGCAACAAACCUUGCAGGUCGUGGGACUGACCUUAAGGUUUCUAAGGAAGUAAAUACAGCUGGAGGUUUGUUCGUUGUGCAGACCUUCCUGCCUGACAAUACUCGUGUGGAGGCCCAGGCAUUUGGCCGCACUGCCAGACAAGGAUCUCCUGGAUCCGCUCAACUCAUUGUCUGCUCCAGCCAUCUGUCAGAACCACUCAAAUCGCUAGCUUUAAUAGGCAAGCGUCAAUCUGUAUUGAAGAAUAUGACUAAUGUCCUACCCCAUCUUUUUGUUAUCAACUUGUCUUAUCAACAAAGCCGCAGCCAUGAGCAAUCUAAAGAUAUGUCUUCAAUGCUGUUACAUAUUUUGACAGAAAACUCCAAUUCAGGGAUACAGACAGUUAAAAAGUUCAGGGAUGACUUUGCGGCUAAAGGACUAGCGAGAUACUUGGAGUGUGACAUCCCAAACAUAAAGAAGAAGGAAGAGCUCUUCAGUCAGUAUCUGGGCACACUAGAUGAAGUGUACAAAAGCAGCAAUGACAAGCCAGCAGAUUCAGAUUUGUCUGCGCUGAAUGAGUUUUGGGGUAUGUGGCUACUCACAAACUUGGAUGGGAAGGAUUCUAUCAUGGAUUUACAAAUCAAACUAUCCGAGGACCUGAAAAAAGCCAGGCAAAAACUCAGAGAGAGAAAAUCGGCCUCAUCAAACCUGCACCACUACACAGCAUUUGGCAAUGAUCUGCGCAAAAAGGGCCAUCUUGCAGAGAGUAUCAAGAUGUACACCAAGGCCAUCCAGGAGGACAACUGCUGGGCAGCAAUUGCAUAUUACAACCGUGCUUUAACAUCUUUGACCCAGCAGGACAGGCAUCUGGAUCCAAACUGCAUCGAUCAAGCCCUGGAAGAUUUACAAAAUGCACUCAGGUCUGCUGAGCUCUACAGUGAACAAAUUGUGUUCACUUGUAGAUACUCCAAGCAAGUCAAGGACCUCUGCAGCGAUCCAGUCACCCGCUUUGACAGACACAUAAUGGCCAGAAAGUAUGUGUUGCUGUGUUUCAAAGAGAAGAUUAAUGAGACCAUAAAGAAGGUAGACAGAGCCCGAGACUUAGGUAGGAAUGUAAAAGUGGAGGAGAGUUUACUCUACUCCAUAGUUCCAGCGGCCUAUUUUCUUCCCUUGGCAGUCUUUUUGACCAAAUCACUGAAUCGUAUCUGCUCCAGAGACCCUCUGAAGUUUCUCCAGCUCAUCACUGAUCCCUUCUUCGACAUUCUCAAUGAACUCAAGUGUCUUGAAUCUCUUGGCCUGACUCAUGUCUAUACCGUGGACACACUGUUCACUCUGGGUGGCCUUUUCUCAAAGAUACAUAGGACCAUAAGUCGAGCUUUUGAUUAGAUGGCAGGUGUCACCACUUGAGCAAAACAAUCAAGCAAGCAAUGGAGCAGACAAUGGUGUUAGUAAGAAAAUCUUGUCAGCCACAAACUUUCAGGAACACAUCCUAGUUCCAGCUUGCUGUGGUUUUUUUACAUCUCUUUGGUUUUUAAGUACUUUCAUCACUGCAAGUUUUGAGACAGUUCCCCAUCCUUGUAAAUCAUAUGAUCCUAACCAUAGGCUGUAUAUAAGAAGUGGAUGUAGUCACCGUGACUUCAUCCAUUGGUUUGUGGACUGCCACUUUGAAGCCUCGAGUUCCGCAUUUUGGACAUUGCCAUCUUAGUUUUUAUGACAGCGAAGUAAAACUGAACGUUGCUUAAGACAUUUUAGGUGAUUCAAUUGGACAAUUGCUAAUCAAUGUAUUUUUAUUUUAUUUUAACAUAUAUAUUGUGCAAUUUUAAAGGUACAUACGUAAAAAAUUUGACCUUUCCAAGAUACAUUUACUUGAUCCUUAGUUUAUAUUCAUUCAACUGACAAAGCAUGUUGUGAUACUCACUGAUAUAUUAUUUAAUGUUUAAACACUUUGUACAGUUUGUAUUGACAAAGUUAUUCCGAUACUCGGAUCACUGAAUUAAUUCAGUUUUUAUUCACUGAAAGCUUAUAUUUUUGGAGAGCUAUACAUUUUUGAUUACAAUUUAUAGGUAUUUUAUUCAGUAUAAUAACAAUCAAGCUAUCGUUCAUUUGAAAUACAUAUAACUGCACUAUAUUUACAAAUGUAUGUUGGAACAAUACUAAUCAAAUUGUAAUAAACAACU